UUGAAGCUCAUUUGACUAUCGUCAAUCACUGAACGCUGCUUGAAUUUCGGGCACUGAAUUUCUCAGUAACGUGGUGGUAACUUUCGGUGUCUUUUGAAUCAAAUCGUUUUUUAGUUGUGAAUAUGUUUUAUGUUUAGGCUGGAGACAAUAUUGCCUGGAAGAUCUGCCAAACAAAGUAAAUUGGGACACAUUUUUAUUCCACAGACCGAACUGGAGAUUCAUGCAGUCACCCUCCCUUCCACACGGUGGCAGUAAUGUAUAGUUUUCUGGUUGGCUUGCCAGGUACCGGAUGUUCACAAGUAAGAACAUUUCAGAGGAGUCCACGGGAGAAGUUCAUCGUGUUGCCGAAGAAACCGGAUGAGAUCAUCUCUGGUCCGUUGCUAAAAUGAAUCUUGGACUGCCGUUGAGCUCUGGCUGUGAUGAAACACACCAGGUACCUCUGAGACUGAGAGUGAAAGAAGAGGACAUAAAAGAAGAGGAAUAUGGACAUAUGAUUACAUGGCAAGAUGAAGAAGAAAAGCCCAUUGCAGAUCUUCACUGUAAAACGGAAUCAGACUUCACAGAGUCACUAAGCUCCACUUAUAAUGAAAUACUACAGACAACAGUGGAGGUUAAAGUGAAGAAAGAGGAGGAUGAGCAACAACUGGAAAGUGCAUCAGAACAUCCAGAUGGAACCCAACAGAAGAUCCAUGGACAGAAUGAUGAACUCAACCAGCAACUCAAUGGAAGGACGUACCACUGCACAGUCUGCAGGAAGAGUUUCACGGUCCUGAGAGAACUAGAGGAACACCAGGAAACACACACUCUUAGUGUUAAUCAAAAGCAGAACACUGGUGAGAAGCCUCAUGAAUGUGCCCAGUGUGAAAAAUCAUUUACAUGUUCCUCAAGUCUUCAAAGGCAUAUGCUAAUACACACUGGAAAGAUGCUUCAUGUAUGUGCCCAGUGUGGGAAAGCAUUUUCACACAUUAACAUUCUUAAAACACAUAUGCUAAUACACACUGGAGAGAAGCCUCAUACAUGUACAGAGUGUGGGAAAACAUUUGCACACCCUAAUGCCCUCAACAGACAUAUGCUAAUACACACUGGAGAGAAGCGUCAUAAAUGUGCCCAGUGUGGAAAAGCAUUUUCACGGAUUUCAGAUCUUCAAAGGCAUAUGGUAGGACACACUGGACAGAAGCUUCAUGUAUGUGCCCAGUGUGGAAAAGCAUUUUCACACAUUUCAGGUCUUAAAAUCCACAUGCGAAUACACACUGGAUUGAAGUCUUAUAAAUGUGCCCAGUGUGGAAAAGCAUUUUCAAAGAUUUCAAAUCUUAAAGCCCAUAUGUUAAUACACACUGGAUUGAAGCCUCAUAAAUGUGCCCAGUGUGGAAAAGCAUUUUCACAGCUUUCAAAUCUUAAAUCCCAUAUGUUAAUACACACUGGAUUGAAGCCUCAUGAAUGUGCCGAGUGUGGAAAAGAAUUUUCACAGAUUAAAACUCUUAAAUCCCAUAUGUUAAUACACACUGGAGAGAAGCCUCAUAAAUGUGCCCAGUGUGGAAGAGCAUUUUCACAGAUUUCAAGUCUUUACACCCACAUGUUAAUACACACUGGAGAGAAGCCUCAUAAAUGUGCCCAGUGUGGAAAAGCCUUUACAACCUCCUCAAGUCUUUACACCCACAUGUUAAUACACACUGGAGAGAAGCCUCGUAAAUGUGCCCAGUGUGGAAAAGCAUUUUCACAGCUUUCAAAUCUUAAAUCCCAUAUGUUAAUACACACUGGAUUGAAGCCUCAUGAAUGUGCCGAGUGUGGAAAAGAAUUUUCACAGAUUAAAACUCUUAAAUCCCAUAUGUUAAUACACACUGGAGAGAAGCCUCAUAAAUGUGCCCAGUGUGGAAGAGCAUUUUCACAGAUUUCAACUCUUAAAACUCAUAUGGUAAUACACACUGGAGAGAACCCUCAUAAAUGUGCCCAGUGUGGAAAAGCAUUGACAUGUUCCUCAAGUCUUCAAGCCCAUAUAUUAAUACACACGGGAGAGAAGCCUCAUAAAUGUGCCCAGUGUGGAAAAGCAUUUACAUCUUCCUCAAGUCUUUACACCCACAUGUUAAUACACACUGGAGAGAAGCCUCAUAAAUGUGCCCAGUGUGGAAAAGCAUUUUCACAGAUUUCAAAUCUUAAAACCCAUAUAUUAAUACACACUGGAGAGAAGCCACAUAAAUGUGCCCAGUGUGGAAAAGCCUUUACAACCUCCUCAAAUCUUAAAACCCAUAUAUUAAUACACACUAGAGAGAAGCAACAUAAACGUAAGAUCACACAGUAUAAGGCUUGAUCUUUCCCCUGUAUUCUCCCAUCGACUGAAUGGUAUAAAUGCCAACUCCUUCCUACUAUCAACACCCCAAAGAAGCCCCAUUAAUGCCCUCAGGGCCUCAUUCACUAACAUUUGCCAAACCGCAUAGAGCGCACAGUGAUUUUUUAAAUUUGCGUAGUAUUUUUCAAACCAGAUCCUCGUCGGGCAAUCAACGCCUUACUCCGCCCAUUAGUGCUAAUGGCGCUUCGCUAAAAUAGGGGAGAAUGGGCCUGCUUGUUCCUGCCACCAUGGAUGAUGAGUUAGAAUUAGAUUACCAAACUUAGACCCCGUCCACACUAAAUAUAGAAACGCAUAAAUAUUUAUCUGUUUAGCCCUUCUGUCCACACUAAAACGACACUGAAACGAUUUAAAAAAAAAAACUUUGCUUUUUAAAGGUUGAACAGGACAGUAUAUGUGCCUUUCCCUUCUGUUCAGUGCAGGUGCUAUAAAAUCUGUGAUUGUUAUGUCAUCCUUUUUACACCGUGAUGCCAGCGUUACUUCUCCAACAUUCCAUCUAAUGUUAGGAAGGGGACACUCUUUGUGAACAUGCGUUUAAUGUGGACAGGGACGUUUGGUUGUCAUGGCACUGGGGGUAGCUUGCACUGGAGAGGCUAUAACGACAAAAUAAACAUGGAAGGUGAAAUGAAUAUGCUGCUCUGUCUCUACAAUUUACUUGGUCUAGUUAGUGUACUUCAGGUGCAAGUUAUUUUCCUGA